CCGGUUCUCUGAGGAUUUGGUGAGUUCGCUGAGUCAGGCAGGUUCGCCGAACGAGGCCCCCAUCAUCUCUUGAUCAGGCUAGUGGCUUCCGACUCUCUUUGUCUAUAUUCGUACUACAACACAAUAGUUCAGACACCUCCAGGUAACUCGGAAGGACAUAGCAACUCUUACUAUCGCAUCAUCUUCCCAGAGCGGUGCAGACCCACAAGCAGUGCUCCGCAGUCCUCAACAUGCGCACACCAGAUGUCCGAAAGACGGUCCUAAUCACAGGCUGUGCCCCAGGAGGCAUCGGCCACUCCCUCGCCCUAGGCUUCCACGCUCGUGGCCUUCGUGUCUUCGCCACGGCCCGCAAAACCGAACAGCUAUCGACACUGUCAGAAAAUGGUAUUGAGACUUUGUCUCUGGUAGUCGACAACGACGAAUCCAUUCAAUCAUGCAAAACCGCGCUCGAGAAAUUGACCAACGGUCAAGGUCUUGACUAUCUUGUCAACAACGCCGGCGUCUCUUACGUCAUGCCAGCCCUCGACAUCGACAUGUCCGAAGUCCGCCGACUGUUCGACGUCAACCUCUUCGCUAUAAUGCGCAUAUGUCAAGUCUUCUGUCCCAUGCUCAUCCAAGCCAAAGGCACGAUCGUCAUGAUAGGCAGUCUGGCCGGUGUCAUCCCCUACGUCUUCGGCAGCGUGUACAACGCCUCGAAAGCCGCGCUGCACGCAUACGCCAACACACUACGCGUCGAGUUGACUCCUCUAGACGUCAAAGUCAUCACUAUCGUGACAGGCGGCGUCAAGUCCAGGAUCAACGCCCAUGUGACGCGGGUGCUGCCUGAGGACAGCAUCUAUGCUCCGCUCGAAGAGGACUACUUGCGCCGUCAAGGUCAUUCACAGGAGGGUGCUAUGACCAAUGAAGCUUAUGCCGACAGCGUCGUCCGGCAAGUCCUGCCCGGUGCCGGGCCCUGGCCUUGGCGAUGGCUGCUAAGUGAUGCGAGGAAGCGGUGGAUUUGGGAAGGCAACAAGAGUUGGCUGGUGUACUACCUGUCCGGCGGAUGGACGUGGAGCGGUGUGUUUGACUGGUAUCUUAUCCGGCUGUUUCAACUCUGGAAGCUGAAAUCUCCGACCAAAAGGGAUUGAACGUUCGAAGCGCUGGACCAAGUCAAAGGCCGAGGCGGCAAGCAAAAGGGCUAACAGAUUAUAAAGA